GUUGGAAUUGCCGUUCCUUGGGAUUGACGUGUGUGGCGGUGGCCAUUUCGUCAAGCCUCGAUACUUGUGCACUAGGCUUCAGUUCAGCGUAUGAAGGCUGAGGCCUUGAGAGUCGCGUAAGGCUCUUCACUAGAUUACCGCCGUUAGAGGACUAUCAGCUAUUAUUACCGCCGGUACGCGCCUACCGAAACCCGUUCAAAACUGCGCAGAGACUGUAGCCGCCGUCUCGUCUCUCCCAAGCGCUCGUUUAUAUUCGCCGCUGUGUAGAACGCGCCGGCAAUGGCGGCUUCCUUUACGCGGACCGCUUUGUUAGAGACGUCUCUACAAUCCGCAGCUGUGCCUUCCGCAUUCCCCGGCCACAUUGGCCAGAAUCGUUUCGGAGGAAAGCCUAGAUCAUGCGCUCUGUCGACCUCCUGGUUCGGUCGGAAACUACGAGCUCCUACUGGUGGAUCCGAUUCCGUGAGACGAAGGUGUUCUUUGACUGGCGGAGCUGUGAGCGUGCGAGCCGUGGCGACGACGGGGCGAUCGGUCGCUGAUCGCAUUGGGUCGAACGAAAUGCCGAGCGAGGAAGAGUUCCUUGGCGCGGUAUCAGCGGGCAGCAACGUGGUCCCCAUUUCCCGCCGCAUCUUCAGCGACCACCUGACGCCCGUCCUCGCUUACCGCUGCCUCGUUAAGGAGGACGACCGCGACGCGCCCAGCUUCCUCUUCGAGUCCGUCGAGACCGCUAAUGACGGCCGAGCACGAUCCGGUCGCUUCUCCUACGUGGGCGCGCAGCCAGCACUGGAAGUGGUGGCGAGGGGCGUGGGCCCAGUGUCGGUGGUGAAUCACGGCAAGGGGGCGCGGGAGACCAUAGAGGGAAAGGACCCGCUGCAGGUGGUGCAGGACAUUUCAGCCAACUGGAAGCCAGCUGCCAGUGAAGCCCUGCCCCAGUCGUUCUGCGGUGGCUGGGUGGGGUACACGUCCUACGACUCAGUGCGUUACGUGGAGUCCAGGAAGCUUCCUUUCUCCUCUGCACCAAUGGAUGACCGCCACCUGCCAGACGUGCACCUGAGCUUGUACAAUGACGUGGUGGUGUUCGACCAUGUCACCAAGAUUGUGCAUGUGGUGUGCUGGGUGCACGUGGACGACUACCCCUCUGCUUCUGACGCCUUCUGGUCGGGCCUCUCUCGCCUCACCACUCUCGUCGACAGCCUCCAGCCCGCCUCAGCCCCCGUACUGCCAGCAGGUUCAGUGAAUCUGGACACGAGGCAGCAGGGCCCGCCGGCGCAGUCAACAAUGACCAAGGAGCAGUUUGAGGAGGCGGUGCUGGCGUCCAAGGGACACAUCCUCGCGGGGGACAUCUUCCAGAUCGUGCUCAGCCAGCGCUUCGAACGGAGGACAUUUGCGGAUCCGUUCGAGGUGUAUCGGGCGCUCAGGAUCGUCAACCCCAGCCCCUACCUAGCCUACCUGCAGGCUCGUGGCUCCAUCCUUGUGGCAUCAAGUCCGGAGAUCUUGUGCCGAAUUUCAGGCUCGACCGUGGUGAACCGCCCUCUAGCGGGUACAAGGAAGCGCGGCCAGACAGCGGAGGAGGACUCAGCGCUGGAGGCAAACCUUCUGGCGGAUGAGAAGGAGGUGGCGGAGCAUGUCAUGCUGGUGGACCUGGGGAGGAAUGACGUGGGGAAGGUGUCAGUGGCGGGGUCAGUGAACGUGGAAAAGCUGAUGGAGGUGGAGCGAUACUCACAUGUCAUGCACAUCAGCAGCACGGUCACGGGUCAGCUGCUGCCGCACCUCACCUGCUGGGACGCCCUCCGUGCCGCUCUUCCAGUCGGCACCGUCAGCGGUGCUCCCAAGGUCCGAGCCAUGGAGCUGAUAGACGAGUUGGAGUUCACCCGCCGCGGCCCCUACGCGGGCGGCAUUGGCUAUGUGUCCUUCGCCGGCAACAUGGACUUUGCGCUCGCCCUGCGCACCAUGGUCUUCCCCACCUCCUCCUCCAACCGCUCUGACACCCUCUUUAGCUACAACGCUGGCACCAGCAGAGCGGGAACAACUAGCAGCAGCAGCAGCAGCAGCAGCAGCAGCAGCAGCAGCAGUGCAGGUGGUGGUGCUGGUGGUGGGGGAAGGGGGGCAGGGUUGAGGAGUAGGCAGGAGUGGGUGGUGCAUCUUCAGGCGGGCGCGGGGAUAGUGGCGGACAGCGUGCCCGAGGCGGAGUGGCAGGAGACGGUCAACAAGGCUGCUGCGAUGGGGCGGGCGAUCGACCUUGCUGAGUCUGCUUUUGUGAACUAGGCUUGAGGGGACAGUGGUUGGUACAUGUGGUGCAUGUGCAGGUGGGGGCUGGGAUAGUGGCGGACAGUGUCCCCGAGGCGGAGUGGCAGGAGACGGUUAACAAGACUGCUGCAUUAGGGACGGCAAUCCACCUUUGUGAAUGCAGACAGGGGGUAGGGAUGAGUGCGUUUGUGUGGAGAUUGAGCAACAGCAGCAGCAGUAGCAGCAGCUGCAGGAGCGGUUGCUCGGGGCAGCAGAAUCAGCAAGCUGCUGCUGCAGCACCAGCAUCAGUGCCAAUCCAACUGCAAUACAACUGGCAGAAACGAGAAGAGGAAGAAGAGCCAGGAGAAAACCCGACUAGCAAAAUCGCUAGGGGCUGUUGAGUUGACCUUGCUUGUUGGCAACAGGAGAAGUGUCCUUGAGGUUGAGGCGUCUCUAAUGGGCUCAGCCAGACUCUGUAACAAUGAGAAAUUUGAGAUAGCUCGAACCAGACCAGGGAUGGUGUGUGGAUGGAAGGCCAAGAGAGACUAGGUGAAGAGGAACCCGAUGUGUUCCACACUACAAGAGGGAAUCAAACAGAUACCUAGCAGGGAGUUGUGAGCACUUGGAACGGAGAACUAUCAAAUACCAUACCACCAGGGUCUCAGACAGGCCCCCAAAUUGGUUUUGGGCUUGUCUGAUUCGUCAGAGUUCCCUGCCUUCCCUUGGUAUGGGUGUCAGAGUUACCUCCUUGAAAAAGUCUGAAAAAUCAGAGUAGCCAUGGAUUUUUUGUCUGACCAAUCAGAGUCAUAGCCAAACUUUUGU